CGGCGUUGCGUUCCCUCUGCCCACCACCGCCUACCUUAUCUUCAUGCCAUAUUGACCUCUCUUCAUACCGAGAACACUCGAUCGCCUCGGUCACGGUAAUUCUUACCCCUAGCAGACAAUGAGCGAUGAGGUGGACCCCUGGGCACGAUCUGGGAUGCUUGCCGUUGCAAUAGGAUUCCCAUUGACUGGGACAGCUUUCGGCCAGCUGUUGUACUACUUCCGUUCGUUCCCUUACGACAAGCUUUCUCAGAAGCUGUUUAUUUCGUUCCUGUUCAUACUUGAUGUUCUCCACACGUACGCAAUCGCCUAUCAGCAAUGGAGACGUUUGGUGCACUGCCACCGUCAGCCGCAGGGCACCUCGUGUUCAGCGACAUGUAGCACGACAUGGCAAUAUAAGAUGCUUCUGGGCAUUUCGAUAUUAGUUCAACCUAUGGUUCAAUGCUUCUACAGCUAUCGAAUAUGGACGAUUAGUGGUCGGAACAAAGUGCUCACCGGUACCGUGGGGAUCCUAGCAGUGUCAGCGUUCGUUAUCGCACUAGUUGGAACGAUCUUCAGCGAGGUAGCGGCAAUCAAUACACCAGCGGUUGAUACCACCAUCCCUGCGGGAAUUUUGGCCGCAGUGUGCGAUAUAAUGAUCGCCAGUGCCGUUUGCUGGUACCUCAGACCUGGACGCUCGGGUGCAAGACGAACGGAACCCCGGAUCGCGAGUAUCACUCGAGUCUCAGUACAGGCCGGGAUCAUAACGAGUAUUCUUGCUUGUCUGCUAGCCGUCUUCUCUGCAUUCCCCUCCAUCUCACCGUACUCCUCUGUCGUCGUCACUGCUGUAACGAAGUCAUAUAUCAACUCUACAAUCGCAGUGCUAAAUGCGCGCAAGCCAGCUGGCUACGAUCUCUCUCAGAACUCCUCGAUAGCACUUUCAGACGUGCCGUCUCUGACCUUCUCGAGGCUAUGACCUACAAAGACAAUGUUCGUAUCGUUUUGCUAGAUACCAUCGGGGAUUGACGCUAUCAUUGAUGUUUACUCGGACCGUGCAUUCCGACUUUGCCUAUUCUAUUCUAUGUGGUUGGUAAUGAAACUUAGUAUACAGUUAAGGUUCCAUGUUCAAGAAGCGCCUAGAGGGAGUCUGAUGCGCGCACGCACAACUGUACUGAUGAUGUAACGUAUUGAACCUAC